UCGAACAAAAUAUUCAACAUAAAAUUAUGAAAUUCUUUUGUUUUGGUUCCAAUUAAUUUUCAAUACAAGUGACAGUAAAAAAUAAAAAUAAAAAAAAUAAAACCAAGUACAGAAACAUGUGCACAGAUGAUGCGAAAGAUUUUUUCAUAAGAAUAGGAACAGAAUAUCCUAUAACAAUAAAAGUUAUUCAAUUGGUUUUGGUAUGCGUAAGUUUUAGUUUAAUGAGCCAGUAUUAUAGUUACGAGAUACCAUCAUGGUUAUGGAUAGUUUACUGCAUCGAUUCUGCAACCUAUUUAAUAAUAAUAAUAGUUACUAUAAUAUCAUAUAUAUUUCAAGAUAAUUGUUAUGUCCUUGAUCUUUAUUUCACGGCUAUCGGUGUACCGAUUUAUUUAAUUGGAGCUAUUGGAGGUAUAAUCCAAGAAACUGUACUUGAUCCUUCAGAUGCUUCUAAUGGACCGAGUCAAUUAUAUUUAUCUGCUGUAUUUUCUGUUAUCGCAUUAUAUAUGAUAGGACAUGUAUCCCUAAUAAUUUACGCUGAAAGAAAUGAGUGAUGAUGAAAAAUUAACGCAUUAAAAAAAAUUAAUUUGUAAAUUUAUUAAUUGAAUUAAUUAUUAGUUAAUAUAUCGAUAAAUAAAAUUAAUAAGAAAAAAAUUAAAAGUUCAUUUGUUUGAAAUGUAUAGACAUAUAUUUAUAUUUAUAGAGAAAUAAAAUUUCCCAACUUCAAGAUGUUUAAAUAUAUAAAACGAAAAUGUAUGACUGUGUGUCAACUGUACAAUCGACCGUUAAUGAGCCAUUAGAAGAUCGCACUAUUUCUUUAUUAUUAACAUGCAAACUUUGUGGGGCAAUUUUUUGUCUUGCAGGUACGUUAACUUUAAUAAUAUUACCAUCUACAUUUCUUUCUUGCUGUGCGACAUCUAUUUUAUUUCCAACAUUUAUACCGGGUUAUUUAAUUAUUAAUAUCGUUGGUUUUUUAUCGAAUUAUGUUCGUCAAGAAUUUCAUUUAAUUGCCGAUAUAUUGUUUUCAACAUUGGGUGUAUGUCUAAAUUUAUUUUUUGUAGUUUAUAUAAUGUUAGACUGGAGUGAAUUGUACAUUAAAAUUAUGAGAACAGAUUAUGCUCAUCACUAUGGAUUUCAAUAUUUCGUCUUAGCAGUAUUAGCUCUGUUAAAUUUUAUAGUUUCAUUAACACAAUUAAUAUUCUGCAUUCGUGAAGUUUAUAUCAAUGCUACUCUUGAAGAAGAAAUAUAGCCUUAAGUGUAAUUAAAUAAACGUCAUAAAGCCUCAUUCUUUAUUUAAUUAUUUCAAUUUAAGAUUGAAAAUAGAAAUUAGUUACGACAGUUAACGUACUUAUAUUAUUUUAAAUAUAUAUGCCCUAAAACUUGCAUCUGAUAUCACCGACAAUUAUUCUUGUAUAUGAAUAUAACUUAAAAAAAAUUAUGUAUGUAUAUAUAUGAUAUGAGAUAAAAAUAAUCCCAUAUGAGUAACGAAGACAUGAACCAAUUGAUCUAUAUGACCUUAUGAUCUUCGUCGUCAUCCACCAACACUCGCUCUUACUCUUUCUUUCUCUCUUUCUCUCUCUAUCUCUGAGCAUCCUCACCCACGCUCACCGGAUACUUAACCAGGCGAUUGCUCACCAACUUAAGAAUUAAUUAACUUCUUAAGUCUCAGCAAACACGUUUUGUUAUUUAAUGAAAAGUGUAUUAAUUAUUAAAACUGUAUCCAUAUUAAUCAUACUCGGGAAAAAUAAUUUAAAUCUAACGAGA